GCAGGUAAUGUGCUACGUUUCCAACAGCUUGACCAUUACUUUUCUAUACGUUUCCUCCAGGCACCGGCACGGACGUUUCCAGGAAUGGAGAACAGAACAAGCCUGCACGUGUUUCCAUAUCGCAGCUCGUUGGGUUGUAUAUGUUGACCGGUCGAGUUCGAUCAGAGCAUGCUAUUCUUCACCAUCUGCAAGAAGCAAAGAUGGCCAUGGCAAAAUGCUUAGCGCCGGUGCUCAUCUUCACCGUUUUCUGUUGCUACGCCUUCAUCCCUUCCCACGCUUCCCCUGACGACUUCUUCCAAUGCCUCUCGGCGAGCAUCCCCUGCCAGCUCGUGCACGCGCAGAGCUCGCCGUCGUUCACCUCGGUGCUGGUGUCCUCCAUCAGGAACCAAAGGUUCACCGCACCUGCAACGGUGAGGCCGCUCGGGAUCAUCGCGCCCACGAACGCCUCCCACGUGCAGGCCGCCGUGGUCUGCGGCCGCCGGCACGGCGUCCGCCUCCGCGUGCGCAGCGGCGGGCACGACUACGAGGGCCUGUCCUACAGGUCCCUGCGCCCGGAGGCGUUCGCCGUGGUCGACCUGUCCAACCUCCGCGGCGUCCGUAUCGACAAGCAAAACUCCACCGCGUGGGUGGACUCCGGCGCGACGCUCGGCGAGCUCUACUACGCCAUCGCACAGGCGAGCAACCAGCUGGCUUUCCCGGCCGGCCUGUGCCCGACCAUCGGCGUCGGGGGACACUUCAGCGGCGGCGGCUUCGGCACGCUGCUCCGCAAGUACGGCCUCGCCGCUGACAACGUCCUGGACGCCGUGCUUGUGGAUGCCCAGGGGAGGCUCCUGGACAAGAACGCCAUGGGAGACGACGUGUUCUGGGCCAUCCGAGGCGGCGGCGGCGAGAGCUUCGGCAUCGUGCUGUCAUGGCAGGUGAGGCUCGUGCCCAUCCCGCCGACGGUCACGGCGUUCAGGAUCCCGGUGUCCGUCGACGAGGGCGCCGUGGACGUCCUGACCAGGUGGCAGGAGGUCGCACCGGUGCUCCCCGACGACCUCUUCAUCAGGGUGCUCCUCCAGAACCAGACCGCGACCUUCGAGGCCCUGUACCUCGGCACGUGCGACCCGCUCCUGCCGGUGAUGCGGUGCCGCUUCCGGGAGCUCGGGAUGAGGAUGAACCGCACGCACUGCCAGGAGAUGACCUGGAUCCAGUCUGUGCCGUACUUUGGCAUGGGCGCCGGCGCCACUGUGGAGGACGUCCUGAACCGGACCGCCGCCACGAGCGCCUACACCAAGAUGACCUCCGACUACGUCCGCCAGGCCAUCCGCCGGGACGCGUGGGAGAACAUCUUCGCCACCUGGCUCGCGAGGCCCGACGCGGGGAUCAUGAUCCUGGACCCCUACGGCGCGGCGAUCAGCGGCGUCCCGGAGCCGGCGACGCCGUUCCCGCACCGCGCCGGCGUGCUGUACAACAUCCAGUACGUGAACCUGUGGUUCGCCGGUGGAGACGGCGGUGGCGCAGCGCAGAUGAAGUGGGUCAGGGACUUCUACGCGUUCAUGGAGCCAUACGUGGCCUCCAGCCCGAGGGAGGCGUAUUUCAACUACAGGGACCUGGACCUCGGCGAGAACGCUGUUGUUGGUAACGUCAGCAGCUACGAGGCUGGCAAGGUCUGGGGCGAGAAGUACUUCAGGGACAACUACCGGAGGCUUGCUAUGGCCAAGGCUCAGAUUGAUCCUGAUGACUACUUCAGGAACGAGCAGAGCAUCCCGCCGCUCGGGCCGGGCAAGUGAGGAAGGGACUAGUAAAAUGGAGCGCGCCUGCAGUCAAACACAUGUUAGAAUAAAUCUAGUUAGCUGAUCAUUAUUUUCUUUAGCAUAUAGUGUGUGUGUAGCUAUACUAUGUUCCGUAUUUGCAUGUACUAGCCUUUAACCAUGUACGUACUAGUGUGCCUGGCUAGCAAAGAAAUGUAACAUAAGUUCAUCAAUAAUUUGAG